GAAGAAGAGGAAGAAACACGGAAGAAGCGGAGCGACAACGAGAUGACGCAGAGUUUACCUCUCAGACUGGACAUGAUGAAUGGUUUGGAGGAAGAGGAGGACAGAGCAGAGUCUCCAGUAUCCAGCUGUCUGUCCAUGAAGAGUGACUGGUCCAAAGACAGACCUCCAGACCUCAGUGAUGGACCUGGACCCUGGAGUCAUUGGAGACCGUUUCCACAACACAGAGCAGAGUCUCCAGUAUCCAGCUGUCUGUCUAUGAAGAGUGACUGGUCUAAAGACAGACCUCCAGACCUCAGUAAUGGACCUGGACCCUGGAGUCAUUGGAGACCGUUUCCACAAAACAGAGCAGAGUCUCCAGGAUCCAGCUGUCUGUCUAUGAAGAGUGACUGGUCCAAAGACAGACCUCCAGACCUCAGUGAUGGACCUGGACCCUGGAGUCAUUGGAGACCGUUUCCACAACACAGAGCAGAGUCUCCAGGAUCCAGCUGUCUGUCUAUGAAGAGUGACUGGUCUAAAGACAGACCUCCAGACCUCAGUGAUGGACCUGGACCCUGGAGUCAUUGGAGACCGUUUCCACAAAACAGAGCAGAGUCUCCAGGAUCCAGCUGUCUGUCCAUGAAGAGUGACUGGUCCAAAGACAGACCUCCAGACCUCAGUAAUGGACCUGGACCCUGGAGUCAUUGGAGACAGUUUCCACAAAAGAGGAAGAGGAGUCAUGUUCCUGUGGAGGAGCAGCUGUCCUGCUGUGAUCUGUGUCAGGACGUCCUGAAGGAUCCAGUCUCUACCAGCUGUGGACACUGGUUCUGCAGACAGUGCAUCACCUCAUACUGGGACCAGUCUGGUCCAUCAGGAGGCUCCUCCUGUCCCCAGUGUGGACAAAGACCCAGACCAGGACCUGGACUGCAGACAGCAGAUAGUGGUCUGCAGGAGGUUUUAGAUGAACAUAAGAUCAGUCUGAGGAGGAGAUGUGAACGUGUGACUGAAGGAACUGAUGGAACAGGAAGUAGAACCCUCCUCAACAGGAUCUACACUGAGCUCUACAUCACAGAGGGACAGAGUGAAGAGGUUAAUACCCAACAUGAGGUGGUGCAGCUGGAGAUCAAGAUGGAGACCCUCCAUGACACUCCAAUCAGGUGCCAGGACGUCUUUAAAGCCUUACCUGAGCAACAGAGACCCAUCAGAGUGGUUCUGACCAACGGCGUCGCUGGUGUUGGAAAAACCUUCUCAGUGCAGAAGUUCACUCUGGACUGGGCAGAGGGCUCGGAAAACCAAGAUGUCAGUCUGCUGGUUCUGCUUUCGUUCAGGGAGCUGAACCUGAUCAGAGAUGAGCAGUACAGUCUUCUCACGCUGCUCCAUGUUUUCCAUCCAACAUUACAGAAGGUCACAGCAGAGAAGCUGGCUGUCUGUAAAGUUCUGUUCAUCUUUGAUGGCCUGGAUGAAAGCAGACUUUCACUGGAUUUCAACAACAGGAAGGUUGUGUCUGACGUCACACAGAAGUCAUCAGUCAACGAGCUGCUGACAAACCUCAUCCAGGGGAAUCUGCUUCCCUCGGCUCUGGUCUGGAUAACUUCCAGACCUGCAGCGGCCAAUCAGAUCCCUCCUUCAUGUGUUGACAGGGUAACAGAAGUACGAGGCUUCACUGACCCACAGAAGGAGGAGUACUUCAGGAGGAGAUCCAGUGAUGAAGAGCUGUCCAACAGAACCAUCUCACACAUCAAGACCUCCAGGAGCCUCCACAUCAUGUGUCAAAUCCCAGUCUUCUGCUGGAUCACUGCUACAGUUCUGGAGCACAUGUUGACUACAGAGCAGAGAGGAGAGCUGCCCAAGACCAUGACUGACCUGUUCUCACACUUCCUGCUGGUUCAGACAAAGAGGAAGAAGAACAAGUACCAUGAGGGACAUGAGACGAGUCCACAGGAGCUGACGGAGGCUGACAGGGAAGUUCUUCUGAAGCUGGGGAGGCUGGCGUUUGAACAUCUGGAGAAAGGAAACAUCAUGUUCUACCAAGAAGACCUGGAGCAGUGUGGUCUUGAUGUGACAGAGGCCUUGGUGUACUCAGGAGUUUGUACAGAGAUCUUCAAAAGAGAGAGUGUGAUCUUCCAGAAAACAGUCUACUGCUUUGUUCAUCUGAGCGUUCAGGAGUUUCUGGCUGCAGUCUACAUGUUCCACUGUUUCACCAACAGGAACACACAGGUACUGGAGGACUUCCUGGGAAACAAAUAUGUUGAUUCAACCCUGGAUGUCUUCCUGAAUGAAGCAGUCAAAAAAUCUCUGAGAAGUAAAAAUGGCCACCUGGACCUGUUUGUUCGCUUCCUUCAUGGCCUCUCUCUGGAGUCCAACCAGAGAGUCUUAGGAGGUCUGCUGGGUCAGACAGAGAACAGUCCAGAAAUCAUCCAGAUAGCCAUCAACAACCUGAAGAAGAGGAAGACCAAAGCGUCUCCUGACAGAAGCAUCAACAUCUUCCACUGUCUGAUGGAGAUGAACGAACUCUCAGUUCAUCAGGAGAUCCAAGAGUUCCUGAAGUCAGAGAACAGAUCAGAGCAGAGACUCUCUGUGAUCCAGUGCUCAGCUCUGGCCUACAUGCUGCAGAUGUCAGAGGAGGUUCUGGAUGAGUUUGACCCAAAGACGUACAACACAUCAGAGGAGGGACGACGGAGACUGAUCCCAGCUGUGAGGAACUGCAGGAAGGCUCGACUUGGUGGUUGUGGACUCUCAGAGACUCACUGUGAAGUCGUGGCCUCAGCUCUGAAGUCCAACCCCUCCCAUCUGAGAGAACUGGACCUGAGUGACAACAAAGACUUGAAGGAUUCAGGAGUGAAGCUGGUUUCUGCUGGACUGGAGAGUCCAAACUGCAGACUGGAGACUCUGAGGUUGGAGUCCUGCAGUUUGUCAGAGAUCAGCUGUUCUUCUCUGGUCUCAGCUCUGAAGUCCAACCCCUCCCAUCUGACAGAACUGGACCUGAGUAACAACAAGCUGCAGGAUUCAGCAGUGAAGGAUCUGUGUGGUUUUCUGCAGAGUCCAGACUGUAGACUGGAGACUCUGAGGUUGAAGUCCUGUGGUUUGUCAGAGAUCAGCUGUUCUUCUCUGGUCUCAGCUCUGAAGUCCAACCCCUCCCAUCUGAGAGAACUGGACCUGAGGGGAAACUACCUGCAGGAUUCAGAUGUGAAGGAUCUGACUGAUCUUGUGAAGAGUCCAGACCGUGGACUGGAGACUCUGAGGUUGGAGUCCUGCAGUUUGUCAGAGAUCAGCUGUUCUUCUCUGGUCUCAGCUCUGAAGUCCAACCCCUCCCAUCUGAGAGAACUGGAUCUGAGCUGGAACAACAAGCUGCAGGAUUCAGAUGUGAAGGAGCUGUGUGGUUUACUGAGGAGUCCACACUGUAGACUGGAGACUCUGGGGUUGGAGUCCUGCAGUUUGUCAAAGAUCAGCUGUUCUUCUCUGGUCUCAGCUCUGAAGUCCAACCCCUCCCAUCUGACAGAACUGGACCUGAGUAACAACAAGCUGCAGGAUUCAGCAGUGAAGGAUCUGUGUGGUUUUCUGCAGAGUCCAGACUGUAGACUGGAGACUCUGAGGUUGAGGAACUGCAGUUUGUCAAAGAUCAGCUGUUCUUCUCUGGUCUCAGCUCUGAAGUCCAACCCCUCCCAUCUGAGAGACCUGGACCUGAGUAAGAACAUUAACCUGCAGGAUCCACGAGUGAAGGAGCUGUGUGGUUUUCUGCAGAGUCCAGACUGUAGACUGGAGACUCUGAGGUUGAAGAACUGCAGUUUGUCAGAGAUCAGCUGUUCUUCUCUGGUCUCAGCUCUGAAGUCCAACCCCUCCCAUCUGAGAGACCUGGACCUGAGUGACAACAAGCUGCAGGAUUCAGGAGUGAAGGAUCUGUGUGGUUUUCUGCAGAGUCCAGACUGUAGACUGGAGACUCUGAGGUUGGAGUCCUGCAGUUUGUCAGAGAUCAGCUGUUCUUCUCUGGUCUCAGCUCUGAAGUCCAACCCCUCCCAUCUGAGAGACCUGGACCUGAGUAAGAACUGGAAGCUGCAGGAUUCAGGAGUGAAGGAUCUGUGUGGUUUUCUGCAGAGUCCAGACUGUAGACUGGAGACUCUGAGGUUGGAGUCCUGCAGUUUGUCAGAGAUCAGCUGUUCUUCUCUGGUCUCAGCUCUGAAGUCCAACCCCUCCCAUCUGAGAGAACUGGACCUGAGCUACAACAACCUGCAGGAUUCAGCAGUGAAGCCUCUCCAUGAUCUUGUGGAGGACCCAGACUACAGACUGCAGACUGUGGGGAAGUGAGGAUGAGCUGAGUCCUGAUGAUCCAGAUGUUGAAGCAGCAGCAGCAGCAGCUUGUGUGUAGAGAGGCUCUGACUGGACCAUGUUACUGGGAGGUAGAGUGGAGAGGAGAGCUUCAUCCAGCAGUGACUGACAGAGGAAUCAGAAGAAGCAGUCUGAACUGAUCUGAGAACAGCUCCACUGUCAGACACAGAGUCCAGUCCACCAUCAUCCCUGUGUGUUCCUCUGGAUCUGACAGAGCAGCAUCAGUGUGUCUGGAUGCUGCAGCUUCAGCAGAGUCUCAGGUUUUAUCUGUUGGUAUGUUGAUGUUAAGGAGUGUGUGUGUUGUGAGACAGACUUUAACUAUAUUCAUCUGUUCAUUAUGAUGUGUCAUUGAUUUAAUCCUUUAAUGAUCAUUUACUCUCUUCAUGGACAAUAAUGUUUUUAAAUGAACUUUCUGAUCUUAUGUUUCAGCUGUUUAAGUCUGUGAUGGAGACACAGACUGAACCAGUCACUUCACUUCAUCUUUGGUGUUUUUAUAGCCGCAUGUUCUAUUCACUCAUUUAACAGACGCUUUUAUCCAAAGUGAAAACACUGAAGCUUCAGAGCAGAGAACUGUAGAUGGAGGAUCAGUGAGAUCUGGAGGGAACAUUAGAUUUACAGACACAGCUACGAUGAGUAAAAGAAAAGGUUUUUGGUAUUUAGCUGUAACAUCCUCAGACCUGUCUGUCUGUCUGUGUCUGUCUGUGUCUGUCUGUAAAGGUUGUUUCUGCAGUAACAGGUUUUACUGAGGAGAUCAGAGACACAGUCAUUUACUUUCUGAGCUUCUUCACUGAUGUUGGUGAUAAAAUGAUGAUAAAAAUAAAGUUUUGAUUUCA